AUGAGUGGCACGGCUUGCCCAGACGGACAAGGUGGCUCUUCUCAAGGAGCAGCACCUUCAGAGCCAUCAUCCAGUAUUCGACCACAGCGUGACGAACUCGCACCAAACAUAGUAGAUGCAGAUGCUACGGCACCACUCCUUACUCGUCCAGGACAGAGUCCGCUACCAAUUCGAAGAAGGAAACGAUCAUCCUACUGCCUCCUUCUGCUUCCUCUCCUCCUCAUAUCCGUCCUGCUUGGCCUGUUCAGCGAUCGCAUGCCAUGGUAUUCUCAGCCUCCACCACAUCACCCCUCUGCCCUAGCAUCGUCUCUGCUUCCCGAAGCUCAGCUCUCAAACGGAACCCACGCCUUCCGUCGUACAGUCAUCUUGAUCUCGCUAGACGGUGCAAAACCAGCCUACCUCAAAGCCGGGCUCUUUCCCAAUCUCACCCAUCCCAUCUCCUCUUCCUCAUUCAGCAGGGAUGAGGGCUAUCUACAAGCAAGUUACAUGCAACCGAUUUUCCCAACCCUCACAUUCCCCAACCACUGGGCCCUCCUCACCGGCCUCCAUGCUUCAUCCCACGGCAUCGUAGCGAACGACUUCACCCUCUCCUCCACCCAUCGACAAUUCUACUACACCAAUCCAGCGCAAUCUUGGAACAGCAGCUGGUGGCUAGGUGAACCAAUAUGGGCUACUGCACAACGAUCUGGGUUGAAAAGCGCGGUGUUGAUGUGGCCGGGCCCUCCAGUCACUAGCGCUGGUGAUGCACCGAGUUACUUCCAGAAAUACGAGAGUGGACCGGAGUGGGGAUUGGAGGGAAGGUUGAAGCAAGUGUUGAAGUGGAUAGAUAUCGAAGGUGGAGUGGAGGAAAGACCGAGUUUGAUCUGUGCGUAUGUACCGGACAUUGAUCAGGCUGCGCAUAGGUUUGGUCCGCAUAGUAGGGAGGCGGUUGCGGCGGUGAAAAGGGUAGAUGCGUUCUUGGGGCAGUUGAGGAGAGAGUUGGUAGAGGAAAGAAGGUUGGGUGGAGUGGUGGAUGUGGUGGUUGUCAGCGAUCAUGGUAUGACUGAGACUAGUAAUCAUAAGUUGAUCUUCUUGGAUACUGUGCUUGGACGGGAGCUGUAUGAGAUGGUGGAGAGCAGGGAUGCGUGGCCGCUUGCUGGGUUGCGACUCCGUGGACGCACGGAGAGGGAGAGGGAAGAGAGUGCGAGAAGGGCGUAUGUGAUCCUUGCAGCUGCUGCAAAGAAGCGUAACGCAGGGUUCGACGUGUAUCGGCGAGAAGAACUGCCCGAACGCUUCCAUCUGCAAUCAUCGGUGGUGGAGGACAGAUUAGCGCCACUCUGGAUGAUUCCGAGGUUGGGGUGGUCAAUUACAACGCACCACGAGAUGGCCACGUUUGCAAACGGCAUCUAUGCCCCAAUAGGUAAUCAUGGGUACGAUAACGAAGAGGAAGAUAUGCAUGCGAUAUUCGUUGCUAGUGGUCCUUCAUUCACUCCGCUGGCCGAAGAAAAGAAGGGCAGGAGGAAGGGAGGGUGGAAUAUGGACGGGUUCAGAAACGUGGAAGUGCAUAAUCUCGUUUCGCGCAUCUUGGGCGUGCCAGAGGGCAAAAGGGCAGCCACCAACGGCACUUGGUCCUUCUGGGACUCGCAUCUUCGACAUGGUUUGUAG